CAGAAAGUGUUAUAAAACCUGCCCACGUUUUUUAGCAUGGGUUACCUCUCCUCUUAUUUGGUAUAACUACUGGAAUUGCAAGAGCAAUUGAAACAUAAGUUCCACAAUAUUCAAAUGGAUUUUCAUGUAACUAAAAAAGUUUUCCCAAAAGACGCCAGAUGGCAAGAUCUGAUCCCUCAGUUGAAAUGUCCCCAGUGUCAAAUGUAUCAAGCUUCUAGCAUAUCAAAUUUGGAAAAGCAUAUUACACUGCACUGUAAAUGUAGGCCAAUCUUACUAAAAAAUCAUUACAUAAAAAAACUUAAACACCUAUGUGCACAGGUGCAUUCACCAGAAGAGGAUGUUUUGGACUAUGUAAGAUUGGCUUUAGAAGCAAAGUUGCUACAAUGGAGGAAAGAAGGAAUGCCUGAAAUUCCACUUCUUUUAAAAAAAAAUGAUAAUCAACCUGCCUAUAGUCAUUCAACACUACUAGACUUAUGGAGAUUGUGGCACCAAGAAGUUGACAGUGUUAGUCUGGAAUUCAGUGUUUCAGAGCUGCUUCAGCUCAUGAUGGAAGCUGAAAGUUUGGAGUGGGAACCAUGUGAUGAUGUCUUUCCUCCUGCCCAGUUAGAAGGAGAUGAUAACCAGUUUAAUCUUGAGCUUAUGUCUCAGGUUGCAAGUAAAUUAAAAAAUAUGCAGCCGUCAUUAAAUUCAUUUUACGAAGAAAUGGACAUUGAGGAAAACAACAUUGAAAGAGUGACUAGAAAGACUUCUGCACAAGAAAACGCAGUAGACGUUAGUUCAUCGCCAGAAAAGGAAGAUGAAAACAAAAGCAAAGGAAAAAUUGCUUCUGAAUGCAAGGUUUACCAUCCACAAUCGCAAUGCAUAAUGAUUGUUCCAGAUGUCAUGUUAAAUGAUAAUAAUUCAGAUAUUGUAAUUGUCAACCUACGAAAUCCAAAAACAGACUCAGGAACUCUGUAUGCCUUUUCCCACCACUAUACUAAAAUCUAUGAAAUUAAUCAGUUUGAUGAACCCAAAAGAUCGUGGUUUGUUGACAACUCAGUUCAAUCAGAUGGAUCUUUGUUCCUCACAACCAGUAUAGACCCAUUAUUCCUUAUCCUGCCAUAUUUAUGCAAAGCAAAAUUCGCAAGCCCAAUAGAUCAACUGCUUGUUGAUGAUGAAUAUGCAGAUACUAAGAAGUUAACCACAUGUUGUAAAAUGCAAGAUCUUGAAAAGAUAGCUGACUGUAAACAAUCAGGAGCUUUCCAAGCCUGGAAAUACAAUGAGCAAAAAACCCUAAAUUGGCUAGAAAAAAAGGUCUCGCGUAUAAGUCAACAUCUGAAAGAUAGCAGCUUUAAUGUAACUCAUUCUACGGUUUCCGCUAACUAUGUCAAAGCUGCUGCAACGAAUGUCCCCGAGAGUUCGUUUAUGCGAUACGCAUUUGGGUUGGUAACCGAAUAUCUCUCUGACGAACUGACGGUAGCUUUGGAAAAACACCUUAAUCUGCCAGUAGUCCCGAAAUCGGUAAAGGAUGAGGAAACUAAUGAGCCUCCAGCUAAACGACAAAAAAUUGCUGGCAUAUCGAAUCAAGAACCAUUGGAAGAUUACAGUAAAGAUCAAAAACCACUUGCCAAGUUACCACCACCUCCAAUCGUGAAUCCCAAACGGAAAAAUUUUCUUGGUCAACCAGCACCCCAAGGAUAUGUUGCCGGUGUUGGCAGAGGUGCUACAGGCUUCACUACACGGUCAGAUAUUGGUCCAGCAAGAGAUGCUAAUGAUGUACCAGAUGACCGACAUCCAGCACCAGCUAAACGGAAAAAAGAUGAUGAUGAAGAUCUUGAAGAAGACCUUAAUGAUGCAAACUAUGAUGAGUUUGCAGGCUAUGGAGGCUCUCUUUUCAACAAGGAUCCUUAUGAUAAAGAUGAUGAAGAAGCUGAUGCAGUUUAUGAAGCUAUUGAUGAACGUAUGGAUGAAAAAAGAAGAGAAUACAGAGAGAAGAGGUUGAAAGAAGAAAUUGAAAAGUAUCGUCAGGAAAGACCAAAAAUUCAACAACAGUUCAGUGACCUGAAAAGAGAACUGUGUGCUGUGUCAGAAGAUGAGUGGAAAAACAUUCCUGAAGUGGGAGACGCGAGAAACAGGAAACAGCGUUUAGCAGGACGACGUGAAAAAUUCACUCCACUUCCAGAUUCAGUUUUGACUCGAAACUUGGGAGGAGAAUCGUCCACUUCGAUUGAUCCUAAGAGUGGGCUAGCAUCAGCGUUCCCCGGCAUGCUCACUCCGACUGGCGAUUUAGAUUUGCGCAAAAUUGGCCAGGCCCGUAACACGUUGAUGGACAUUAAGCUUAAUCAAGUCUCGGAUUCUGUCUCGGGUCAAACAGUUGUUGAUCCUAAAGGUUAUCUAACGGACUUGCAAUCCAUGAUUCCUACUUACGGGGGUGAUAUUAACGACAUUAAAAAGGCUCGACUGCUGCUCAAGUCAGUCAGAGAAACAAACCCUAAUCAUCCUCCUGCAUGGAUUGCUUCUGCACGUCUCGAAGAAGUGACUGGAAAGCUUCAGGCAGCUCGUAACUUGAUUCUACGAGGCUGCGAAACUUGUCCACAUUCAGAAGAUCUAUGGCUGGAAGCAGCCCGCCUUGUUCCUGUUGACACGGCAAAGAAUGUGAUAGCACAAGCCGUAAAUCAUUUAGUUAAUUCAGUCAAACUUUGGAUCAAAGCGUCAGAACUAGAGCAGGAUAUGAAAGCCAAAAAACGUGUAUUUAGGAAAGCGUUAGAACACAUUCCUAACUCAGUUCGCUUAUGGAAAGCUGCUGUUGAAUUAGAAGAACCAGAAGAUGCCAAAAUUCUUCUUUCUCGAGCCGUUGAAUGUUGCCCGACGAGUGUUGAGCUGUGGCUUGCCCUUGCUCGAUUGGAGACUUAUGAGAAUGCCCGGAAGGUAUUGAACAAAGCUCGCGAGAAUAUCCCAACAGAUCGCCAAAUCUGGAUCACAGCCGCCAAACUUGAGGAGGCUCAGGGGAAUAACGCGAUGGUUGAGAAAAUUAUUGACAGAUCGAUCAAUUCUCUGGCGGCCAACGGAGUGGAAAUCAAUCGAGAACACUGGCUAAAAGAAGCUGUUGAUGCUGAAAAAUCCGGAGCUGUACUCACUUGCCAAGCUAUCAUCAAGUUUGUCAUUGGCACUGGAGUCGAAGACGAAGACCGUAAACAUAGUUGGCUGGAAGACGCUGAUAAUUUCACAUCUCAGGGCGCGUUCGAGUGUUCGCGUGCCGUUUAUUCCCAUGCUUUAGAAAUUUUCCCUGCUAAAAAAUCUAUCUGGCUUCGAGCAGCCCAUUUUGAGCGACAGCAUGGAACAAGAGAUUCUUUAGAAUCAUUGCUUCAACGUGCUGUAGCCCACUGUCCCCAAGCUGAAGUACUCUGGCUUAUGGGUGCUAAGUCGAAGUGGUUGGCAGGGGACGUUCCGGCAGCGCGUUCCAUCUUGUCAUUGGCUUUUCAGGCAAAUCCCAACUCGGAAGAAAUUUGGUUGGCUGCCGUGAAGCUUGAAUCUGAAAACUGGGAAUACGAGCGAGCGCGAAAGUUGUUGGCGAAAGCUCGAAACUCGGCACCUACUCCUCGUGUGCUUAUGAAGUCAGCCAAACUUGAAUGGCAUCUUGGUGACCUGGAAGAAGCUCUGAAACAGCUUCAGACAGCCAUCGAACAGUUUCCCGAUUAUCCAAAAUUCUACAUGAUGCAAGGCCAGAUCCACGGGUUACAACAGCAUAUGACCUUGGCUCGUGAAAGCUAUAGCCUAGGUACUAAAAAGUGUCCCACCAGCGUUCCACUUUGGCUUUUGUUAGCCCGACUCGAUGAAAGUCAGGGAAACAUGACUAGGGCACGAUCUGUUUUAGAGAAGGCUCGCCAGAAGAACCCGCAAAACCAACAGCUCUGGCUAGAAGCCAUCCGAUUGGAGUGGAAGACCGGUCUAAAGGAUAUUGCCUCAGCCAUGAUGGCGAAAGCAUUGCAAGAUUGUCCUACCUCCGGCCUGUUAUGGGCUGAGACUAUCUUCAUUGUCGACCGGCCUCAACGCAAGACCAAGAGUGUCGACGCGCUUAAAAAAUGUGAACAUGAUCCACAUGUUCUGUUGGCUGUCUCUAAACUCUUCUGGACAGAAAGAAAAACGCAAAAAUGCCGUGAAUGGUUUAAUCGAGCAGUCAAAAUUGAUCCAGAUUUCGGAGACGCAUGGGGUUAUUUCUAUAAGUUUGAACUGCUUCAUGGGACAGCAGAAGAGCAGAAUGAUGUUAAAAAGCGUUGCGUUCAGGCCGAGCCAAGACACGGUGAAGUUUGGACAACUAUUUCAAAAAGCCCUCAGAAUUGGAGAGCAAAAACUGAAGAUAUUCUUCUGUUAGUAGCAGAGGCUUUGCCCAUUCCUGUCUGAUCCGCAUCUUUGGCGUUGCUCUUCUAAUAAAAUAUUUUACAUUUUUCUGCUUAA